CCUGCCAAGUCCCAAGACUGUAUCCCACACCGGGAAAGGGUCAUGCAGGCAGACUGAUCUUGGUUCCCUGGAAGAGCCUCCCAUUCUACGGGGGUUUAAGCUUGUUUGGGGCGUUCCUAGUGUGUGAGUCUCUGUUCUGAUUCAUUCCAGUGACAGAUAAUCCAUUAUUCAGCUCAGUUCUGCAGAGUUACACAAGUACAUUCUCUAAUUAUCUUUCACUCCCCAAAAGCUAAUAACCAGGUAGCAGUUAAGAGUUGAAGGUCUUUUUCUAACCCCAAUAUUUGGUUUUUGUUCUUUGCUACUUGUGUUUUGUGUAUGUGUGUAUGAUCUAAAAGGUAGGAUGUUACUUUGCUUUCCAAAGAUUUUAGGGAUCGAGGAAAAGGCAGUGUUUGGAGUCAGACACUGUUUCGAGUCCUGCAGGCAUGUUACCUCACCACCUCAGCUCCCGCUUCCGUGAAAGUGAGGCACUAUACGUGCCGUAUUUAGUGGUUGCAGAUGCAGAGACAGUGAGUGUGUGCGUGCACACAGAGGCCUGUCUAGAAGGAUCUGUGUCUGAAAAGCACCUGACAAGUAAACGAUGGGUCUUUCCGAAUGGCAGCCCGCUCCGCUGCUGGAACAUGUCACUAGACUAAGAACUUCUGGGUGCACUUCCAUUUUGAUUCCCUAAGGAGUCACCACGCGGCUGUUAAAUGUUUCCGUGAUGUGCUUGCAUGUCAGUUGCAGAUAAGAAAUAAUUGCUCUUAAGUUUUGGAUGGUGUUUGGGGGUUCAAGAUGAGCGGUCUGAUAAAUAUAAGAUGCCGUUGUUUUUACCUGUACUCUCUUCAGGGCUUCCAGUCUUGGUAGUGAAUGGAAGAGGGCCUGGUCCCCGGGGCGGUACGGAAGGCACCCUCAUCACCCCCCUCCCUGCACAUGUCAUGUGAGGUUUCAUGGAAGUAUUAAGCGAUCCAAUUAAGAAGAAUAGCUCUGAGUCUAAAGCAGCCCACAGUGGCUCCUCUAGGGGAAGCUCCCCGCUCAGCUGCCCUGAAUCUGUGGAAGCUAGUCCAGCAGUUAAUGAGAAGAGCGUGUAUUCCACUCCUAACUAUGGGACCACUCAGAGGCAUGGGUGCCGAGGACUGCCUUACGCUGAUCAUACUUACGGAGCCCCUCCUCCUCCGACACCUCCUGCUUCUCCCCCUGUCCAGACGAUCAUCCCCCGCUCGGACCUGAAUGGCCUGCCGUCGCCCGUGGAGGAGCGCUGCGGAGAUAGCCCGACCUCUGGAGGAGAGACCGUUCCCACCUGGUGUCCUUGUGGUCUUUCUCAGGAUGGCUUCCUCCUCAGCUGUGACAAGUGCAGGGGAAUGAGCAGGGGGAAGGUUAUUAGACUCCACCGGCGGAAGCAGGACAACAUAUCAGGUGGGGAUAGCAGCGCAACCGAGAGCUGGGAUGAGGAGCUUUCUCCCUCCACGGUGUUGUACACAGCAACACAGCACACGCCGACAAGCAUCACCCUAACCGUUAGAAGAACCAAACCCAAGAAGCGGAAAAAGAGUCCAGAAAAGGGUCGCGCAGCAGCAAAGACGAAGAAAAUCAAGAGUUCUCCUUCCGAAGCCCAGAACUUAGAUGAGAAUACAACUGAGGGAUGGGAGAAUCGGAUAAGACUGUGGACUGAUGAGUAUGAAGAAGCUUUCGCCAAUCAGUACAGUGCGGACGUGCAGAACGCCCUGGAGCAGCACCUCCACUCGAGCAAGGAGUUUGUGGGCAAGCCUGCUAUUUUAGACACCAUUAAUAAGACUGAGUUGGCCUGUAAUAAUACUGUUAUUGGUUCCCAAAUGCAGCUCCAGCUGGGAAGAGUCACUCGCGUUCAGAAGCACCGGAAGAUCCUGAGGGCCGCCCGCGACCUGGCCCUGGACACGCUCAUCAUCGAGUACCGCGGGAAGGUCAUGCUGCGGCAGCAGUUCGAGGUCAACGGGCAUUUCUUCAAAAAACCGUACCCCUUUGUGCUCUUCUACUCAAAAUUCAAUGGUGUCGAGAUGUGUGUGGACGCACGCACUUUCGGUAACGAUGCUCGCUUCAUCAGGAGGUCGUGCACGCCAAACGCAGAGGUGCGACACAUGAUUGCCGACGGGAUGAUCCACCUUUGCAUCUAUGCUGUGUCCGCCAUCACCAAGGACGCCGAGGUCACCAUCGCCUUUGAUUAUGAGUACAGUAACUGUAACUACAAGGUGGACUGUGCGUGUCACAAGGGGAACCGGAACUGCCCUAUCCAGAAGAGGAACCCCAAUGCUGCAGACCCGCCCCUCCCGCCCCCUCCCAGCCUCCCCACCGUCGGCGCCGAGACUCGGCGCAGGAAAGCACGGCGGAAAGAGCUCGAGAUGGAGCAGCAGAGCGAGGCGGCCGAGGAGGACAGCGGCCAGCAGCCAGAACAGGCCCCGGAGAAGGCCCCAGUGGCCAGUGACAACGAGGAAACAGACAAUCCUGAGGAAAAGCCGGAGGAGGAGAAGGAAGAGGCUGCCGACGCGCAGGAGAGCCCCGCUCACGGCCGCAGGACCCGGGAAGACAGGAAGGUCGAGGCCAUCAUGCAUGCUUUUGAGACCCUGGAGAAAAGGAAGAAACGGCGGGAUCAGCCCUUGGAACAAAGCAGCUCCGACGUCGAGGUCCCCACCAGCACCUCGGAGACGCCUGCAGGAGAAGAGCCGAAGGCAGAGGCCCCCGACGCGGAAGCCAGCAACCCUGUCCCCAGCGUCCCCGUCCCGAGCACCCCCCAGAGUGUGGGCGUGAACACCCGGCGGUCUUCCCAAGCAGGGGAGGCCGCCGUGGAGAAGCCUGUCCCCAGGCCCCCCCCAGCGAAGCCGUCCAGACCCCGGCCCAAGAGCCGCAUCUCGCGGCACCGGGCCAGCUCGGCCCAGAGGCUGAAGCGCCAGCGGCAGGCCAGCGCGCAGCAGGCGGAGGCGGCGCAGGCGGCCCUGGAGGAGGGCGGGGCGCACUGCUCGGCCGCCCCCGCCGAGCCCGGGAGCACGGACAGCGCGGGGGAGAGCCGGCAGGCCGCGGGCGUGGACCCGGCCCUGGCGUCGGUCACUGGGGCCCACGUCAACCGCACCGCCGCUAAAUACCCCAAAACCAAAAAGUACCUGGUGACCGAGUGGCUGAACGACAAAGCGGAGAAGCAGGAGUGCCCCGUGGAGUGUCCCCUGCGCAUCACCACGGACCCGACUGUCCUGGCCACGACUCUGAACAUGCUGCCGGGCCUGAUCCAUUCCCCCCUCAUUUGCACCACCCCCAAACACUACAUCCGCUUCGGCUCCCCCUUCAUCCCCGAGAGGCGGCGCAGGCCGCUCCUGCCCGACGGCGCCUUCAGCUCCUGUAAGAAGCGCUGGAUCAAGCAAGCCUUAGAAGAAGGUAUGACGCAGACAUCACCUGUACCCCCGGAGACUAGAACCCAGCACCUAUACCAAAGUAACGAGAGUGGCUCCUCGAGCAUCUGCAAAGACAGUGCAGACCUGCUCAGCCCCUUAAAGAAAUGGAAGUCGCGCUACCUGAUGGAGCAGAACGUCACCAAGUUACUGCAGCCUCUCUCUCCCGUCACGCCACCCCCUCCGAACGCCGACUCCAAGAGCCCCCAGCGGAGCAGGCCCGGCCCGGCCCACCCCGGGGAGGACGAUUGUCGCAACGGCUACAGCCUCCUGUUCUCGCCCGUCUCCUCGCUGACCACCGCCAGCCGCUGCAACACGCCUCUGCAGUUCGAGCUCUGUCACCGGAAAGACCUGGACUUGACGAAAGUGGGCUACCUGGACUCGAACACUAACAGCUGCGCCGACAGGCCCUCGCUCAUCAGCUCGGGGCACUCGGACCUGGCCGCACACCCCCCCCUCGGCCCCGCAGCGGACACCGGCUUUCCCGGCAGGAGUGGAGGCGACGGGCGGAACUCAGAGCAGGCCUCGUUUCGGACCGAGUUUAACCUGAUGUACGCCUACUCCCCGCUGAACGCUAUGCCCCGGGCGGACGGGCUGUACCGGGGGUCGCCCCUGCUAGGGGACCGGAAGCCUUUGCAUCUGGAUGGGGGCUACUGCUCCCCUGCCGAGGGCUUUGCCAGCAGAUACGAACAUGGUUUCAUGAAAGACCUCUCCCGCGGAUCCAUGUCUCCGGGCGGCGACAGGGCCUGUGACGGACUGCCAUCCGCACCCCAGAACCCCCCCCAGAGGAAGAAGGUGUCCCUGCUCGAGUACCGCAAGCGGAAACAGGAGGCCAAGGAGAACUCCGCGGGAGGGGCCGGCGACUCCGCGCAGAGCCGGAGCAAGUCUGCGGGCGCCGGGCAGGGCAGCAACUUGCUGUCUGACGCCGGCGCCGGCCUGCAGGGCUCCUCGUCCCGAACCCCGUCUUCCCCUCACAAAAAAUUCUCCCCGUCUCAUUCCUCCUUGUCUCAUUCGGAGGCCACGAGCCCGUCCGAUUCCAGAGGCUCGUCAUCUCACUGCAGACCGCAGGAGAGUAUCAGCAGCCGCUGGAUGGUCCCCACUUCGGUAGAGCGGCUCCGAGAAGGCGGGAGCAUCCCCAAGGCCCUCCGGAACAGCGUGCGGGUGACCCAGAAGGGAGAGCCGUCCCCCACGUGGGAGAGCACGAGUGCCGAGAAGGACACAGCCUGGAAAUCUACCUUAAAGGAUGAAGAUGAAAGGAGACAAAUCAGGGGCCUGAGAGAUAGUACAGCGGGGAGGGCGCUCGCCUUGCAUGCGGCUGACCCAGACCCCGCAGAUGCCGAGGGCCCGGAGAGCCUGGGCGCGGCGCGGGGGGCGGUGUACAGCCCCUCCCGCUACGGCUACCAGCUGGUGCAGUGCGACAGCCCCCGGACGGACCCCCACGGCCUGCUGCAGCCGGGCUCCUCGCCCUUCCGGGGGCACCCCACCCAGUCUCCAGGGCACGGCUUCCGGACUGCCUCGCUCCGGCCCGGCAACCCCCCGUCCCUCGGCUCCUCCGAGUCCUCCCUGUCCUCCGCGUCCUACUCCAGCCCCGCCCACCCCGUGUCCGCAGACUCGGCCCCCUUCGCGGGGACCGCGGGCUACUACAGCGGCCAGUCGCACUCGGGCAGCAGCGGCCUCCCCCGGCGGAGCUGCUCGUCCACCGCCGCCAGCCCGACCCCGCAGGGGCCCCCCGACUCCCCCGCCUCAGACUCCGUCUCUCAGUCCAGCACAGGAACGCCCAGUUCCGCCCCCCACCCCCAGAACUCUCGGGCCUCGCUGCCGUCGGACUUGCGGACUAUCAGCGCGCCCGGCGCCCCGCCGGCCCCCCGGGCCCCCGCGGCCGCCGGCGCCCAGCACUACCCGGCCCGCGGCGCGGGGGGCGUGCACCCCUGCCGGCUCGAGACGCACACGGGCCUGUCCUAGGCGCGGGCACUCGGGACGGGGUGAGCCCACAGCUGCUUCCUCCGGCCGCCCUGGACCCCGGGGCCGCCAGGGCCACGGGUGGGGGCCGGUCGACAAGAAACAAGACUUGUGCUCGCGACCGGCUCUGUCCCGCAGAAAGGUGGAGAUCUUGUCUGAAGCAGAGACUCUAAAGAAGUUGCUCCCUGCUGUUAAGGGUACCGUGUUGACAAGCAAAUGGUGUUUGGGUUAGUAACGGUUCUAAGUGCAAUGAGUCGUGUCGCGCCUCGUCUCCCGCCCUUGCCUGUAGCCUGUAGUCACUUGUGCAGUGAGGACAUCUUUUUAAAUAAAUUUUUUUUUUU